AUUCUUGCUGUGGUGAACCUGAAUCAAGCUGGCAAACCUCUACUGCGUUCGCAUUACGACAAUGCCUAGUGAUCGACAUCCUGGUAAUUGCAUCAUGAUGAUGCAGUAGAUGUUACUCGCGUGCUUCUUCAGCGAGCACGUUAGCACUGGUCACUCCAACGGUCGUCUUCAUACUGAAACCAAAUCAAAAAGUUCAGACCGGGGACACGAUCGGAUUUAAGGGAUCCCAUGGAAAUUCUCACUACAAAGUUGUGCCAGCAAUGUUCUCGCACAAUGAACCACAGAUCGCGGCGAUGCCAGCCAGCACCACAGGCUUGGAACUUUGCUUCGACGGGCGGCGCGAAAACCAACGUCUGA